CUCUUCACACUAACAUUUUUUUUUUGAAGUUGAAGAAUAUAGACUUCUUUUUUUUUCUUCUAUCAAACAAGUUGAAGAAUCUAGACAUGCAAAAUGAUAAGCAUGGUAUUUCUGCUAUGCUCAGUAAUCUUCAUUUCCAUCAUAUUUUUCAUAAAACAUAAGAGAGGGAAGAAGAACAGCAACACACCUCCGUCACCACCGGGACUUCCGUUGAUCGGAAACCUUCAUCAGCUCGGUCGCCACACUCACCGAUCACUAUGCUCUCUCAGCCACCGUUAUGGUCCUCUCAUGCUCCUUCACUUUGGCAGUGUUCCCGUUCUUGUAGUCUCUUCCGCUGAAGUGGCUAGAGACGUUUUGAAGACGCAUGACCGUGUUUUCGCUAGCCGUCCACGGUCUAAAAUAUUCGAGAAGCUUCUUUACGAUAGGCAUGAUGUGGCCUCAGCUCCUUAUGGAGAGUACUGGAGACAAAUGAAGAGCGUGUGCGUCCUCCAUCUCUUCAGCAACAAAAUGGUACGGUCCUUUCGAGAAGUGAGAGAAGAAGAGAUUAGUCUCAUGUUGGAAAAGAUCCGGAGAUCGAGUUCUUUGCCAGUGAAUCUAAGCAAGAUCUUGGUGAGUUUAACUAACGAUGUAAUAUGUAGAGCUGCUCUGGGAAGAAAAUACGGUGGUGAAACAGAUUUUAAGGAGUUAAUGGAGAGGCUAAGCAGGCUACUAGGGACGAUCAGUGUUGGGAGUUAUGUACCAUGGCUUGCAUGGAUAGAUAAGAUCCGUGGUUUGGAUGGUCAGCUUGAAAAGACCGCAAACGAUCUUGAUGAGUUCUUUGAGAGAGUUGUGCAAGAUCAUGAAGAUGGCGAAGACCGAGAUAGGACUGAUUUUGUAGAUGUACUGCUCGCCAUUCAGAAAGAUAAGAGCGUCGGGUUUGAAAUCGACCGUGUCAGCGUUAAGGCAAUCGUCUUGAAUGUUUUUGUGGGUGGUACGGAGACAUCGUAUACACUUAUGGAAUGGGCAAUGACAGAGCUUCUACGUCACCCAAAAUGUAUGAACAGACUCCAAGAAGAAGUCCGUAUGAUUAGUAAGGGCAAGUCACGUGUAAUAGAAGAAGACAUUCAAGAAAUGAAAUACUUAAAAGCUGUGAUGAAAGAGACGAUGAGGCUACAUCCUCCACUUCCUUUGAUGGUUGCUCACGAAUCAACACAAGAUGUCAAAUUAGGAGAGUACCACAUACCUGCCGGUACACAAGUUAUGAUCAAUGCUUGGGCGAUAGGGAGAGAGGCUGAGACAUGGGGACCAGACGCGGAGGAGUUUAGACCGGAGAGGCAUUUAGAUUUGUCUGUUGACUACCGUGGUCAGAAUUUUGAGCUGAUUCCGUUUGGAGCAGGAAGAAGGAUUUGUCCAGCAAUAUCAUUCGCUGUGGUGUUGAAUGAGGUAGUCUUGGCUAACUUAGUGCAUCGGUUCGAUUGGAGAUUACCGGCUGAAUCUAUAGGAGAUCAAACCGGUGUAGCUGAAUCAACCGGUGCUUCAGUUCACUGCAAGUUCCCUCUCUACGCUAUUGCAUCAUCUACUACCUGACUAAGGCAUGACAUAAAAAUGCUUUGUUAUGUUUUUUUUUUUUAUCUACCUACAAUAAACAUGUUUACUCAUUUGAAACUCUCGAACAAGGCAAUAAGUUUUGGGUGGAUUUUGUUAUGAAUUUUCACAAUAAAGUUUUGUCUCCAUUCUUUAACU